CCACUGAUUGCGGUUUAGUGCCACAUACGUAUAGGGAAUCAUGUGAAAUGGAGGGGAAACUAACAAUAUUGGUUUUAUUCGUAAUCCUAGAUUAUGUUUAUACCGAACCACGUGUAUCAAUUCCGAGUAAAACGGCUUUUACCAAAAGUGAUAGACUAAAAAAAUCCACCACAGAAAGAAUUCAUUUGAAUCAAGGACAUGACAUACACCAACAUAAAAAUCUAUCCGCAAGAGAUGGAGCGCCAUUAUCUUUAGAAGAAGAUGAUGAUGAGCCUAAUCAUGAACCAGAAAAUGCGAAAGCAUCUGGAAGACCUCUGUCGGUUGGUGAUACCUUCACACCGGCGGAGUUACUUCCGAUUACUCGGAAACUCAUUGAUAAAAAGAAAUAA